CAGUGCGAGGAAAGGGGGUUUGGUUUGGGUUUGUUUUGUUUGCGCCGCUCCGCUCCUCGCCCGCUCGCUUUCUUCGUCUGGCCGUGGGUUCUGGGGACUUUUUAAAUUUAGGGGUUAUUUUCUUCUUUAUUUUUUUUCGUCAUUUUUUGGUGGUUGGCUCUCCCUCCUUGCCCCUCCGGGAAGCGCUCCACCAGCCGCCUCUCUCCCCGCCAUCCCUCCCCAUGCGCCCGGGGCCGCGGGCAGCUCCGCGGCGCGCACCCGGGAGCUGAACUGUGGAGCAGCGCGUCCCCUCCUCGGGCAGGAUGUACACGGCCGGGCUGCCUCCUUUCUACGCCUCCAACUUCAGCUUGUGGUCAGCGGCGUAUUGCUCUGCAUCGGGGCCGGCGGCCGGCGGCUGCUUCCCGCUGGACGCCGCGGCGGCGAAGAAGCCGUCCUUCUGCAUCGCCGACAUCCUCCACGCCGGCGGCGAGGCGGCGGCAGGAGCCGCCGACAGCCUGCCCGGAGGGCCCGGCACCGGGAUGCCGGCCGCGCUGGGAGCCGUGCACCACGGCGGUCCCUUCCACGCCACGGCCUCGCCGCUCCGGCCCACGCCCGUCGUGGCCCCCGACGCCCCCGCCGCCGCCGCCGCCUUCCCGCCGCGCCUCUCGCCGCUCUCCGCCGCCUACCACUCCCACCACCACCGCCCCCCGCAGCACCGCUCCCCCGCGGCGGCGGCGGCGGGCGGCGGAGGCGCCCCGGCCCCCGCCCGGCUGCCCGGCGGCCACACGCACGGCUCGGCGCCGGCGCCCGCCAGCAAGGACCUGAAAUUCGGCAUCGACCGCAUUUUAUCGGCGGAGUUUGACCCCAAAGUCAAGGAAGGCAACACGCUGAGAGAUCUGACCUCCUUAUUAACUACGAGCCGCCAAACUGGGGUUCAUCUCCCCAACUUGCAGCCUUCCGCCGGCCAGUUCUUCGCGUCUCUAGACCCCAUUAACGAGGCCUCUGCUAUCCUGGGUCCCUUAAACACAAACCCAAGGAGCUCAGUGCAGCACCAGUUUCAAGACACUUUUCCAGGUCCAUACGCAGUUCUAACCAAGGACACGCUGCCCCAGACGUACAAGAGGAAACGCUCCUGGUCCAGGGCUGUUUUUUCCAACCUGCAGAGGAAAGGCUUAGAAAAACGGUUCGAAAUCCAGAAGUAUGUCACCAAACCGGACAGGAAGCAACUGGCGGCAAUGCUGGGGCUGACAGAUGCUCAAGUGAAGGUGUGGUUCCAGAACCGGCGGAUGAAGUGGCGGCACUCCAAGGAAGCGCAGGCCCAGAAGGACAAGGAGCCGCCGCCGGAGCCGGAGCCGGCGGCCCAGCGAGCCGGCGCACCGCCCGCCGCCCCCGGGGAGCCCGAGCGCAGCCCCAGCCGCUCCGACGGCGACAGCGACAGCAGCGACGCCGAGUCCCUCGACAUGGCCCCCAGCGACACGGAACGGACUGAGGGCGCCGAGCGGAGCCUGCCCGCAGCCGGGCUGGGCAAGUCCUCCGGCAGCCCCUGCCUGCCCUCCUCGCCGCCGCCCGCCGCCGCCAGCCCCGAGCCGCGGAGCGGCCUAUAGUCGGGGCGGCCCGGGACCUGUGCGCUAAUUUAUCUCCCUUCCCCCUCCCCGGGAGCGCGGCAAGGCCGGCCCAGCACCGGCCCUGGUCCCGGCCCGCUCCCGCCUGUGGCCAGCGCCCGGCCCGGCCCGCGGCGAGGGGCCGAGCACGCAGGCGGAGCGGGGAGCCCUGGCCCCGGGGAGGCAGAACGUAAGCGGCCGCCUUUCCCUCAGAGCUGCUCGCAGGAGACCGGGGAAUCUUUUUUUUUUUUCUUUUUUCUUUUAUUUUUUAUUUUAAUUCUGCGUUUCCCGCCCCUCGUUCUCUCCAAGGAAAAUCCGAGCGAGGGAAUGCGAGAACGCUCUCCGAAAUCCCCACCUUUCCCCGCCCCACCCCCCAACCAAUUUACAAUGUGAAGUAUUUUGCCAACGUCCUCAUUGGUUGCAACUUGUUGCUUCGAAUAAUCCGGCCAAGAAAUACUGCACUGACAAAAUAUAUAAAUAUAUAUAUAUAUAUAUAUAACUCCUGUAAAUAAAAUGUUUGCUAUGGUUUGUAGCCACGUCAGUCUGUUGACCAGGGGCGAGGGCUGGCGUGGCUGCCCCAGCUUCCCUCACCCCGCUCGAAGGCAGCAGCUGCCUCUCCUCGCCUUGGAGCCUCCCCAGGCAGCCUUCUCUUUUCCUUUUUCUUAUUUUUUUUUCUUUUUUUUUUUUUUCCUCUUUUUUUUUUUCCUGAGAAAGGCAGUGACAAGGACUGGAUUUGAUGACGCACAGUUGUCCCCCCGAUGAGAAAGUUACCAAUGACAUCCGUGGCUCCUCAUGUGCCCGUGCCGUGUGAGGUGGCUUUUGUUUUGCCAGGCAGGGCUGGGCUGUCGGGCUGCCCGCGGCUCCCGGCCCCGCUGCCAAGAGCCCAGGGGCAGUUUUGGGGCGCAGGGUGGGGGACACGACCUGUUGGAUUUGUUUUGCUUCGUUUCUCUUUGCUUUGCUGCGCUUUGCUGAGGCUCCGGUUCCUCCCCGCAAGCCCCCGUGACGUCACAGCGCGGCUGUGCGGCUCCGGGGGCGCGCUGUGACGUCAUACAGACGUCAUAGAGGCCAAUGCCGUGGGGGGGAAGGGUGGGCACCGGGGUGAGGGGGACACAGGGCGGAUUCUCCCCCGUCCCGGGGAGGGCUGGGUGCCCGGCCCGGUGCGGCCUGGCGGAUCCUCCGGGACUCCCCGGGGGUCCAGGCCGGGGUCCGACGGCUCCGCUCGGGUUCAUAGUUAGCUUCGCCCCCGGAAAAAUAUAAAGCGCCUCGCUACUCCGUGCUCCGUUCCUCCCGGGCCACGAGGGAGGACGGGGGCCGCUUCUGAGGCAGCCUGCUUCCCACUCCUCCCUCGCCGAGCAGUGCGGAUUAGAGCGAGAGCCGCGGCGGUGAGCAGCCCCCGUGUUCGCUCGGGGAAAAGAGAUUUUUGCCGCGGCGCAGAAAUCCGCGGGGGCCGGGAUCCUGCUCACGAAGGCAGGGCAAGGACAGGAGGAGCCGAGCCUCCCUCCCUCUGCCCCACAAGCUUGGUCGGUGGGCACUGAGCAUGCGACAUCUCAGGAAAGAAAAGGGAGACAGCGGAAUAAAGCGAAAGACCGGGAAAAUGCCGGUGUCCUCCAGCGAUGUGGAGGCGGGUGCACGUCUGUCCUUCACCUGCUGCUUCUCUGAAGGCUCAGGCGAGAAAUCCUUCCGUGCCGGAAUUUUUUUUUUUUUUUCCGGGGAGGACACUCUCCUCGGGGCCACCCUUGUUAGUGAGAGCAAAGCCCCGAGGAAAGGGAAAGAAACACUCACAGAAUUCGCUCACCAGAAGCCCUGGGGAGAAGGAGCUGGGGCUUCGUCUUGCCGGAGGAAGAAGGGACGGGUGUAUUGGUAAAAAAGCAUGUAACCGAGAGGGCAGAGGCUCCGUCAGGACCACGACAGGCAGGUGUGGCCCCCUCUCCAAGGGAGGACGCACAAAGUUCUGAUGCGUUCCUGGAUGCCCGCAGUGCCCACGAGGGGUGGCACUCCCGGGCCGCCGUCCCUGACCGCCCCCGCUUGGGACAGAAAAGUGGGACGGGAGAAGAAAUUACCUGGAAGGGCCUUGUAAAUUAAUGUUCUGCUUUUAAAACCUUGCCAGGGAGGAAACGAGGGGGUGUCAUGGCUUAUCGGGGCGCGGUGUGGGCCCCGCAGUUCGCUUUCAGCCCCAGGAAGAGGCUGCGCCCAUCAGUGCGGGAUUUGCCAUGAUGUUAGAACUCCUUUAAAUGCAAGGGAAGCCGCGGGACAGAUGCCCAGCGAGACACGACAGUUUCUCCUCCGAUAAACCACCGUGGUGCGGCUCACGGAACCGCAGGAAUUUGUUUGCCUCUUGAGUUUGUUUCCUGAAGACUAGCCCAUGCAGGAGAGAGGGUUUUGGAGUGGCUCUUGUCAGAUGAGAAAGGAAAAGCGCGUCGGGAAAGAGUUUAUCUUCCCUUGGGUUACAGGAAUCUCCUCCAGCGCAGGACUGGCUGCGCGGGGCCAGGCUCCCUCCACCUCGGCCUCCCCAAAGAACGGGACCAGUGCCCGCCUGGACUUGGGGUCGGGGGAAGAGCGAGGCAACGCCUUUUUGGCAUCAUUUAAGAUAACAAGGCAAAAAAAAAAGGACAAUAGUGCUAUUAGGGCUCGAGCUUUGGGUAAACGUGCUCAGGUCGGAAUGGAAGAGACAGGAUAAAAUUCCUUCUUCCUGCGCCCGCUUUUUGUGCUUCGUGCACCCCGGGUGCUGUUCAGGCCAAGAGGCCAAGUGGCGGAGCGGGAGGAUGGGUUUCUCCCUCUCCCCCGGCUACAGGGAAAAUGAAUUAUAUCUCUCUCCAGUUUGCUCCUGCUGUGCACGUGCAGGUAGAGAAAAGACACGAAAACGAGUCUGGGGAAAGAUGCGCCCGUGGAGGGAUUUGUGCCCGUCUCUACAGGGAAGUGAGUUUCCCCGUCCAGAGAGGCUGCAGUUACCGCUCGAUUUCUGCGGGAACAAAUCGGGACAAUUUCGUGACCGCAGGCAGCCCCAACGCCGCUGACUGCCGAAGGCGACAUGUCCUUAGUGCAGUGCAGCACCCCCGCUCCCAGAACAGGUCAAAGAAAGCUUGGAGGAGUCUCUAUUUUGUUUGCCUGUUGCGCCUGGUAACACGAAAGGCUUUUGAUGCUGGUUGUCUCUGAACGAGAGACGCCUGAGCCCACUGUUUUAUUGCCGACCCGAAAACCCUCGAAGGUGUUUCAGUCGAGGGCAGCAGCUUUCCAGGCGGUCUCUGCACUUCCCCUAAACCCGCUGUGACUCUUUCCAGACCUGUGCCGGGCACCGCAACCCCCAGCGCGGCGGGGUGACAGCGGGGUGUCGCGGCGGGGCCGGGGUCCCCCCGGAGGGGCUGGCAGGAGCUUCCCCGGCUCUGUCCUGGUCUCCGCGAUCCCGGUCAGGGCAGACCCUCCGCACAAACUCGCUUCGUUGCUUCGCUUUCCCGUCGGAUGCCUGGCAGAGAUUAUUCGCGUUGAUUUCAGAUGAAAAGUCGUACGGGAGACCAAGAAGCGGGAGCGAUACGCGCUGCCGCACGGAGGAUAGAGGUUUUCCUGCCUCCUCCUGCCUGGCAUGUAUGGGAAAUCAGAUUAAUACAGAAGCGGGAGGCCUCGCCGUGCCGCUCCGAUAUCCCAGCCCUGCCUGGGGAUAUCCACACUCACAGAGAUGCGCAGCCGGGCUGACCAGAGCCAGGUCCGGCCGGCCUUCUUCCAGGGGAGCAGUUUACCAAUAACCCCACCUUUCCCUGUGGAAAGGCUCUGUGUUAGGAAGUCCAACGAGAUACAUUUCUUUUCUCCCGAUUUCUUACCAGAGACCUCCCAUCUCCAGAGACCCGACCCAACCUCAGAAAUAACAGCCACAUUAGAAGAAAAAAACCCAAACCCAAACCAAAACCAAUAAUACAACAGAACAGAAGCAAUAUUUUAAUCAAGCGAUACACGGUGCAAAGGGGCCGGGCGGGGAGCUGGCAUCGGCAUCGGCCGCUGUCCUGCCCGGCGAGGACGGGGUGUCCGCCGCGGUCCCCCCGCCUCGGUGCUGCUCCCCCCAGAGCCCCGUGGGCGCGGAGCCCGCGGCAGCGAAACCUGAGUUCGCCUCCCUCGUUAGCAGAGCGAGACCGGCCCCUCUCCUUAGGAAAAUAUUUUUAUUUUAUUUUAAUGUCGGGCUUAAGCUGAUGUCUUAAAAAAUAAUUGUUUUCAGACCCCAGUUCGCUCGGCAUCGCCGUUUCACACUCGCAGGCACACUCAGCUUUCCCUGUAGUUCAUGCCUCGGGACUGCCUGGCGUCUGCAAGACAAACUGCAAUCUCCAAAAUGUCAACUUUUGCCACAAUCUCGACUAAGAAAACCACCCCCUUCUUAUUGCUGUUGAGCGCUCAUCAGAAAUAAUGGCUGUUUACACAAAACCUUUAUUCACUUUCUUAAAUAAACACCAGUGAAUUCAAAUAAAGCAAAGCCUCAGCUAUAAUUCAAGCACAACGUU